AUGCGCGUCUCCUCUACCAUCCUCGCCACAGCCGGUCUUCUGACCUCGGCCAACGCUGCCAUCAAGGGCUUCAACUACGGCGCAAACUUCAACAACAACCAGGCCAAGACGCGCGUCGACUUUGAAUAUGAAUUCAACGCCGCCAAGCAGCUUCCUGGCACCAGUGGAUGGAACAGCGCCCGUCUGUAUACUAUGAUCCAGCACGGCACCCAGACCACUGUCAUCGAGGCUAUCCAGGCUGCUAUCAACACCAAGACCAACCUCCUACUCGGCAUGUGGGCCUCCGCCGGUCAGGCCAACUUCAACAACGAGAUUACUGCUCUCAAGGCCGCCAUUGCCCAGUACGGCACUGCCUUCACCGACCUGGUCGAGGGUAUCUCCGUCGGCAGCGAGGACCUCUACCGUAUCACUCCAACCGGUAUCGAGAACAAGUCUGGCGCCGGUGCUCAGCCCCAGGAGCUCGUCAACUACAUCAAGCAAACCCGUGCUGCUAUCAAGGGUACUCCUCUCGAGGGCAAGCCCAUCGGCCACGUCGACACCUGGACCGUCUACGUCAACGCCACCAACAACCCCGUCAUCGACGCUGUUGACUUCAUCGGCAUGGACGCCUACCCCUACUUCCAGACCACCAUGAACAACAACGUCGGGUCCGGCAGCCAGCUCUUCUUCGACGCCUACCACCAGGUUCAAGCCAAGGGUAAGCCCGUCUGGGUCACCGAGACCGGGUGGCCCGUUAGCGGCGAGACACUCAACCAGGGUGUCCCCAGUGCGGCUAAUGCCCGCAUCUACUGGGAGGAUGUGACCUGCCAGCUCAUCAAGGACAACGUUAACCUGUGGUACUACAUCCUCCAGGAUGUCCAGUACGGCAACCCCGUCCCCUCGUUCGGCAUCAAGCCUGCAGGUGACCUCAUGGCGGUCAAGCCUCUGUUCGACCUUUCUUGCCCUGCAACCUCCGGAGGCUCCACCUCGGCUCCUACCAAGAAGGUUUCUACUGAUGGUACUUGCGGGUCUCAGGGAGGCGCUACUUGCACUGGCUCGACAUUCGGUAACUGCUGCUCGCAGUACGGAUGGUGCGGAAACACUGCCGGACACUGCGGUACCGGUUGUGAGAGCGGAUCCGGUACUUGCAACAAGAAACCUUCAAGUAGCAGCAGUCGUAUUGGGACACCAACAAAUAUUGGGUCAACGCAAGUAGACGCCCCGACAUCCCAGCCCACAGUCGUCACCAUCCCAGUAAUCAGCUUUGAUCGGCCAACUCCAACAAUUCAGAGUUCAAUCUUGAUAUCCUCGCUGGUCUCAUCCACGCCUCUUCAUCUUGAAAGUCUACCGCAACCAAUAUUUACCUCGCUCCAAGAACCAUUCGAGUAUCCGCACCAACUCAUUCCUGUCGACAAGACGGACCCAACUAAAGUCUUUGGCAAUGGAUAUACCGUCCAGCUAUCGCCUACUAUAUCAACAGUCUUCGUCUACGACGUUCGUCCUGAGUUUGCUGGCAAAGCCUGUACGCUAGCUUUACACAUACCGCCGCCCUUCCCCAUGUCAGAAAUGGCACCUGUACAUAUUCGAUCUCCAGGGGGUGUCAGUGUAUCGCGACUCAUCAAUCAGGUUCCCGAUACUGUGUCUAUGCAGAGUAUCGGCAACACUAGUCUCAUUGGUACUGUACCACUUGUUGAAAUGGCGAGUCAGUACAACGUUGCUAGAUUUCCUUGUGAGGCGGGACAGAAGGUGGGGUAUCGGGUUGAUUCUGUGGGCGGGUUCGAGGCGGAUUGGUUCCAGUUGACUUAUCCGGCGUUGGGAUUGUUCUUGCUGGUCAGAUAG